AUGAUUAAAACUAAUAAGAAAGUCAGAAUUAUCAAUAAAUACAGGACGCACUAUGGUACCUCCCUCCAGAAAAUAGUGAAGAAAAUUUUAAUUUACCAGCAUGCCAAGGACACUUGCUCCUUCUGUGGCAAAAUCAAGAUAAAUAGACAAGCUGUGGGAACCUGGCACUGUGGUUCCUGCAUGGAAAUGGUAGCUGGUGGUGCCUGGACCUGUAACACCACUUCUACCGUCAUGGUAAAGUUACCAUCAGAAUACUGA